GUAAAUCUCAGUAGGUGUUACUUGAAAUUUCAAGAACUUUUGGCACCCAUCACUAAUUUGAAAAAAAAUCAGGCACCUUGAGAACAACGCUACGUACGGAAGCUGGUCGAAAAUUUUGUUAAGUUCAACAAAAUUGUGCGCAAAGAUGAAUCGAUUUAAUCCAAUGGACAUGGAUUGGGACGAUGACUGGGAAGAGUUGGCCGAGGUAUCCAGCGACGAGCCCUUUGAAACCGUUCUUAACCGCGACAACCAAGAUGCUUUGCGUGAGACUCGCUCGGUGCCGAUUCAUUUUAUGCAUGGUACGCAGGAUGGUCACUGGCACAAUGCAUUUGCCGACAUUGACGACAAUGAAUCAGAAAUAAGCGAUGAGAACAAUAUGGAUCCAGCGGCGUUCAUCAACUCCCUGGGCUAUAACCCCUGGAUGCGCGUGGAGGGGUACGGCCUUGACGCUCCACAUGCAUUGCGCUCUGCAAAUUUCAACUUUCGCGAAUACGACGACGAGGAUGGGGAUGGCUACUUGGAAAUUUACGGCGACGGCGACAGCGACUAUAACGGACUUUCUCUCAUUGGAGUCGGCAGCCUUAAUCGCAACGAAUUUCCAUGUAACAACUGCAUGAUCAACGAUGCUUUUCCCCACGGAAUCUUUUCCGUUCCAUUGAAUGAGAAGGAGUUGGCCCGUAUUCAGACGGAGCUGGCUGAGCCCGGAGAGGAUGUGGUCCCAAUGGCAACCUACGUGAAGGAGACCGAUGACUUGAUCGCCAAAAUGCUGGCCGAUAUUAACGGAGCCGAAUCCAAAAUGAAGACCGACUAAUAAUGGCGCUCCACAAAUUAUGGUUACCGACGAAAAACGACACGUUCUCAACUUAUAACAUCAGGAUACGAAAAAGAUUGGCUUGGCUACUACACCUACAUCACACGAGGCAAACAAAUAAAUUAUAAACUUCACAAUUGGCAUAUGUAGAUUAUAAAGAACUUGCGAAUGUUAUUCUUAUCAUUUUACUUGAAUGAAAACUGUAACUUUAUAAUUUUUGUAAUUGCAAGCCAAGAUAAAAUCGAAUCCCGUCCAUUUCGAGAACUAACCUA